CUUCCUCGCACUGGUAAAAAGUCGUUUUUAACACUUUUGAAUUUCUUUUUCAGUGCAGCCAAUAUUUUAAGUUAAACUUAGUACUACGAAAUAAACGAAAGCUGUUUUUGUGUAAUUAAACGUUCCUCUUACUGAAACAAAAUGGCGAGUGGAGGAAGUUUAUCACAGCAAAAAUCAUGUGGCUUGAGUUCAGCACAGCGCCAUGUUUCUGAGCUCAGUUCAUCACUGCACCAAGCGUCUGACUGCAGAUCAUCACAGCACCAAGCGUCUGACUUCAGAUCAUCACAGCACCAAGCGUCUGACUUCAGAUCAUCACAGCACCAAUCGUCCGACUUCAGUUCAUCACAGCACCAAUCGUCUGACUUCAGAUCAUCACAGCACCAAGCGUCCGACUUCAGUUCAUCACAGCACCAAGCGUCGGAUUUCAGUUCAUCACAGCACCAAGCGUCUGACUUCAGUUCAUCACAGCACCAAGCGUCCGACUUCAUUUCAUCACAGCACCAGGCGUCUGACUUCAGAUCAUCACAGCACCAAGCGUCCGACUUCAGUUCAUCACAGCACCAAGCGUCCGAUUUCAGUUCAUCACAGAACCAAGCGCCUGACUUUAGUUUAUCACAGCACCAAGCGUCCGACUUCAGUUCACCACAGCACCAAGCGUCUUACUUCAGUUCAUCACAGCACAAAGCGUCUGACUUAAGUUUAUCACAGCACAAAGCGUCCGACUUCAGUUCAUCACAGCACCAAGCGUCUAACAUAAGUUCAUCACAGCACCAAGCGUCUGACUACAGUUCAUCACAGCACCAAGCGUCUGAUUUCAGUUCAUCACAACACCAAGCGUCUGACUUAAGUUCAAAAGUGCACAAAGGAUCUACAACAUUGGAUACAGCAGAACAAUGCCAGAAUCUCAAGGAUCAUAAACUGGACUUGUUUUGCGAUGACCAUUAUGUGCUGAUAUGUUCUAGGUGUCUUGUAAGCAGUUAUAAAUAAUGUUCUGAACGCGUGGUUCUGAUUGACGAAAAGGUUAAAACAAUGCAACAGACUGGGGACUUCACAAAGCUUACUGAGAAGAUGAAUCAGAAAAAGAAAGACUUUGAAGGUAAUGCUGAGCGCCUCAAAAUGCCUUUUGAAGACCAACUUGAUAAAAUCAACACUUUACGCAAGAAAUUAAAUGAUACUUUAGAUCAGCUGGAAAGUGAUACUACAAAAGAACAAAACACCCUUCUGGAAACACUUAAAGCUCCACUCCGAGAUGAUAUUGAUAGAUGCAUCGAUGCACUUUCCAUGAUCCAAAAUAUCCAGAAUGAAAUCCAGAAGAUUGAUAAAAAUACAGAAACCUUAAAAUUAAUAGUGUACAGGAAAUGUUUAGAAAAGUCAUCUGAGAUUAAAUUAGUGAAGUCACAAAUGGUUUCGAACAGAAUACCAAUAAUUAAAUUCAUUCCAGAUUCAUCAAUUGAGCGCAUUUUCUCUAUGUCAUCUUUUGGAAAGUUGAUAAAUCCAAAUGAAAUCCUAAAAUUAACAGGGCAUAUAUUUAAGUAUAAUAUGAUAAGGUGGAGAAACUUUUCUAAGUGCCGUAUAUCACAAAUUUGUGAGACAGAUUCUGGGGAUCUACUCGUUAUAGACGAAGCUAAUGUGGAAGCAAAGUUGCUGGAUACUGACUUUAAGGUGCUGACCCACUAUAAGUUUACUAGCAAACCAAUGUCCAUGUGCAGCAUUGACUCCAGUCUGGUCGCUGUUGCUGUGGACAACAAUGAGGUUCACUACAUCCGAGUAACCGAUUUUGGUAAGCUGGUGCAGGAUACAAAACUGAAGCUAGAACAUGAAUGUAAAAGUAUUGCUUAUCAUCGGGGCAUCUUGUAUAUCACAUCAGGUUCGGCAAUAUACCGCUAUACUGUUGGUGGGAGACUGGGGAUCACGAUUUACGAGAAAAAUGGACGAUGUUUAGAGGUAGAACGUGUUAUCUACAAUUAUGCAGUGGUGCUCAACGAACUGGAAAUGAUAUGGUUUGAAGUAGAUUUCUGUGCUAUCAGCCCAGAUGGGACCAAGCUAUAAGUUCGCUAUGGGAACACAUUGGUCACAUUGUCCACGGAUGGAACAAUGAUCAACAAACUAGAUAUUUUUCAAAGUGGUGAAUUCUUUGAUACUUCUGAUUACCACUCGAAUUUGCUCCAUGUGACAAACUCUGGUCAAGUUCUGGUAUGUGAACUUUGUUCCAACAAGUUAUUCCAGGUGGAUAAUGAAGGAAGACAGCUACUGGCAGAGGUAGUCACACAGAAGGAUGGUGUAAUAUUUCCAACAUCUGUCUUUCACAGUAAACACAGAGCUGCACUCAUUGUGGGAAUGUUCGACAGAGAUGAUAUACUGGUGUUCAAAACAUGAUGGGUAGUUAUUAGACUUAUCUUCAAUAUUGAUGAACUGGUGAAUUUCGUAUUAAAUGCCCGUAACAAAGAUUGUGAUUGAGAGUUGUUAAGGAUUUUUUAUCUUUGUUAUACUUCAUGCUGUCUAAUUUUUAUGGUGCUGUUGUUGUGUUCCAAUAUCCAUUACGGAUUUGCAUUUUUUAAGGAAUCAUUGUGACAGUACAACCCCUAGUUGAAAAGUUUAUUAGUUUGUGGUAUAAUUGACAUAAUUAUUUAGGAAUAUAUGUGUUUGUUUGUUUUUAAUUAUACAGAUUGUUGUGUAAUGUCUCAAAGAUGUUUUUAGUUUUCUAGGUUCGAAACCUCUCGGUUAAUAUAAUAAUGACCAGUAGUAUGCCCCUUUUGAAGAAGAGGGGGUAUACCGUUUUGCUGGAUGUCGGUCGUUCGGUCAGUUGGUAUGUCUGUCUGUAGGUAGACCAGUUUGUUGCUGAUCUACAACUCGUCAACGAAUUAACCGAUUGGCUUGAUACUUCUCAUGUGCAUUGGCUUAGGAGAGUGGAUAAACCCUAUCGAAAUUUGAGUCACUAGAUCAAAGGUCAAGCUAACUAUCACAAUAAGUGGGAAAAUUGUUUCCAAUCAAUAACUCUUUAACGAAUUGACCGAUUGACUUGAUACUUAACAUGUGCAUUGGCCUUAGACAGUCGAUGACCUCUGUUGGAAUUGGGGUUACUAUGUCAAAGGUCAAGGUCACUAUCACAAUAAGUGUGAAAAUCGAUUCCAAUUAAUAACUCAUCAACAAAUCGAACACUUAGUUUGAAACUUCCAAAUUGAAAUUGGAGUCACCAGUUCAAUGAAAAAGGUCACUUUGACAUAAAGUGUUAAAUUGGUUUCUGUUUGAUGGGUCAUCAAAGGAUUGAGUAAUGGGUGUCAAGGCCUUGUUGGGGGAGGGGGGGCAUUUGUCUCCGACCGCUGAGCUCUUGUUUUAAUUGGGAAACUAUAAUAUAGGUUUAAAUGAAAUGUUUUAUUUUAUUGUGUGAAUGCAUGAAUAACCAAUAACCAAUUUAAUGUGCCACAAUUUUCUUAGGUAAUUCAUUAUUUAACAUCUAUUUCUCUCUCUACAACUGAUCCAUAAACAAAUUAUCAUACAUGGAAUGGGUGUAAAUAUCACACUCAUUUGGAGAUGGGCCUUUUGAUACCAGAGUAAGAGUAGUGGGCAGGCGUUUUUAUAAAGAGUAUGGAUUAUGUGACAAAUGGACCUUUAUGUUUCAGGACUCAUCCUUAUUUCUGCAACAUCUUUUGGAUUCAUCAGUUAAAUGUUUGUGUUGUUUGUUCAUGUAGUUAAUUUUUCAUAUUGAUUUUUUUCAUUUUCAUAUCUUUUUCGACGUAGCUGCUCAACCCAGCUUAUCACAUUAGCUGACCUUUGUAAGCGACCAAUCAAUUUGAAUAUAAAAUUACCCGCCGAUAAGCCUGAAAGUUUUCGGAGAAGAAAACGUGCAAUUUACAAACAUUUUUCACAUUUAUCUUAAUAUGUCCUUCAAUCGACUUUCUUUUUUUGUGAAGCAUAGGGUAUGAAAAGGUAUACUACUGUGCGUUUAGCAACGGUGUUAACUGCGUGUUCAGCAUGAAACAAUUUUAUCUCUAAUAAUAAGGCUUGAGAGAUAGAGCAGUUUCACACUCAACUUUCGACAUCAAUACAGUUUGUGUGUACCCCUUUAUAUUUAGAAGAUUGUCAGCGCCAGAGCGUUGUACUUAAAGGCUGUGUUCUCAUAUUUAGUAAUUACUAUGCUUAUGCAUUCUAUAUACUUGUAUAUUUUAGAUCAUAUAAGUAUUGUUGUUCAAUAACCUCAAAUACGGUUUGGCGAAAAUAUUUUAAAUUGUUUUCGAAAUUGACCGUUUAACAUGUAAAUGUAAAAAGCUUUAAACAAGCCGUUCCAUCAGUGGACUCGUUACCUCGCUUUAAUGCAUUGUAUUCCAACCCGCAAGGUAUCAAGGUCAGUUUUCGGUCAGUAAUAGAAAUCAUAAUAUAAACGCUAUCGCGUAAACACAUGUGAACAUGAAGUUCAUUUUGAUCAGAAAGAUAUUACAUGAAGAUAUUUGGCAAUAGUAUUAUGGUAUGUCAAUCAUAUGUUCUUAAUGUAUUUUCAACAACUGCAUUAUAAGUACCAGUUUUGGUCAAUUUAAUUAGAAAUAUUCCACCAUAGAGACCAAUUUAUUAAGCAUGAGCGCGAUGAUUCACGAUACUAUUAAAAAUCGAAUAAUAUAACAAUGUCCGACAAACCACUAAAACAAGUCUGUUCGUUGAAUGCGCGUUUAAAUAUUUCAAAUUUGUACGGUAGAUUUGUGUGCUGCCCGCUGACCUAUAUGCUUUCAUGUAUUUUCAUUAUUCUUCUGUUUUUCUGUUCUGUUAAUAUAUAUAUCUGAUUAUAAUAUCUAAUAAAGGGAAAUAAGCCACGAAAUCUAGCUCAACAACCCGUAAUUGAUUCGCGUGUGGUGCAGAUAAGAACUGCG